AUGAAGGACAACAAGAUGUCCAACUUUUCCACAACACCAGAGAACCUUUUUGACCAUACAAAAGCAACGCUCAUGAGGAAAGGUAAUAACAUUGGAGUGCCAAGGAAUAAGGCCACAAUGUUGCAUGCCAGGGGUGAAGAACCUCUUCUUUUUCUGUGGAUGUUUGAAUGUCUCACAGAAAAAGUCUAUCAGCAACCAGUCAAUAGAGCGUAGAGUCAGAGCUGACUGUGAACACAGUUUGCAGGUCCCGAAGGGGGUACAGUUUGCAGGAUUGUAUACCUUCCUCUCUGUGCAACAUCCCAUCUACGUCUAUCUAUUUCAUGGGUGUCCAGAUCUAAAUAAGAAAUUAUUCUGAAAGAGGCAGUCUGGAGAACAAGGGUGUUUCUGCACGAUUUUGAGACCAGGAUAAUGCUGGGGACUCCCUGAAUAUAGGUUGCAGAUUCUCCAGGCCAUCAAGAAACAGUAGUUGCCUCAGAGUUGUUUAUGCUAGAUUUGGCAGAUUCUGUGCCUUUCACAUCAAUUUGGAAAGUAAGCAGAAAUUCAGCAGACAGAGUAACAGGGACACAGUUCAUGGAGCUCUCUGUGGUGCAAUAAGAAAACAUGUCUGGAUGAGACACCCAGCUGGUCCAGGUACCCAACAUGCAUGCAUUAGUGCUGCUGGAAAGCCAGAACAGGAGGGUGGGAAUGGUUGGGGAGGGGCUCAGGGCAAGCAGUCAGGGGGCAUGUUCUUUCCCCCCUAAUGUCAGCAUAUUCUGUGCCCUUCACAUUUAUUUGGAAAGCAAGCAGAAAUUCAGCAGUUAAACCAUUCCAAAUCUCUGCACGUAUACUUUCCUGAGUCCUAUGCUAUAGGGCCACAGAGUCUGAGUUCUCCAUCUCUAAAGCUGCAAAGGGAACCUAACUGAAUGGUUUUUCACCUCAAAGUGGUUAAAAUGGAUGUGAGAACAAAGUGCCCCACUGUGCCCUCAUUGACUGGUGGCUGUUCAUGAGAGAAAGCUUGGUAUGGAGGUCCUUGAGGCAAGCUUUUAUGUCAUGUGCAAUCUGAGGUGGUACCGUCCUCUAACAAGAACGGACCAUGCCAGAGACGGCAUGUUUGCCUCAUAAUCAGAAGUGGUAAAUGCGUAGAGAGCAAGCAGGACCCAUUGCAUUUUCCUGCCAGAUGUGCUGGAAAGGUUACAGUUCUUCAUUCCACAUACAGAUGCUGACAGGAUUUGCUGCUGCAUCUAAACAGCGAAAGAACAGUGUCCUCCAUUUUACCUGAGGGCAAUAGGCUUUUAAGGGACAGACAUUGUAGCUCUAAGGCUCAGCACUGCUUACUAAUGCCUGAGCAUGAGAAAGAAAAGCUCUAAUCUGAGCUGAAGUAAUUUCAGGUGAACUUGUUUGUGGUUGGCAUUUGCUCUUGUGUUGUUCCAGGGAUCUCUGGAGACUGGAAGAACCACCUGACAGUGGCGCAGAGUGAACGCUUUGACCAUGCUUAUCGGAAGAACAUGCGUGGUGUGAAUAUGACCUUCCCAUGGGACUGA